AUGUAUCCGAUAUCCACUCCUUAUGGCUCUUUUCCAACUACUACCGCCACCACCAAUGCUAUCACAGCGCUAGAUGCCACUGCUGCCCAUCUUACCUUGCCAAAUAUUGUUCAAGACAAUUCCCCCAUUUCGGAACUUCCUUGCGUAUCUGCUACCGUUCAGCAAUCAACAACUCAAUCAAGGAUAUUGCCAACACCAGAAGAGCUUGAUUGCUAUGUGGUGGCUCACGUGACCCAGGUCGUAAAGCAACAUUGCAUACACCAAGGUGGGCUUGAGAAUACUGAGCUUGUAUUUCAAAUCACAUCUUGGACGAUCAACUCUAUCACGGAUGAUCAUUUUCUUCGUAAAUAUUACUACUUGCUUGUCAUCCACCAGCUAUAUACCCAUUACAAGCAGGGCGAUGACUUGCCCCAGAUUUCCUCACCAACGGAAAUCACAACGCCGCCGCUAUCAACAUCAUCAACAUCCUCGCAGUUAUCAGAAGCUGCAUCAUCGCCAUUCACUUGCAGUGAUGUCUCCAGUAAUAAUGGGAGUAUACCAAGGACGGCAUGUGACUAUUGCCAGCGUACUUUUUCAAGAAAAGAUGCAUUAAGACGCCAUCUCAAGCGAACGUGCACGUACACCAAAGAGCAUACCUCCCUGCAUGUUUUCUCAGUGGCAGAUUAA